ACUCUCUCUCUCUCUCUCUCUCUCUCUCUCUCACACACUCACACACACACGCGCGCUCUCACCCGUCGCGCACAGAGCUCUCCGUUCGUCUUCUACUCCCCCCUCCCUCACGACCUUUCUUUAAUUAUUGUUUUUAAUUUAAUUCUCAUCAGUAUUUGUGUUUGUGCUCCAUCAUGAACCGCCUGAAAUGCUGCUUCAUCGCAGGGAGCGUCAUCGGUGCAGUGGCGUGCGCGCUCGGGAUCAUCCUCAUCCCUGUGGGCGACUAUGUGAUCGGGAGCACAAUCAAAAAGGAAGCCGUAUUGGAGGAAGGAACCACGGCGUAUGAGAACUGGAUCUCUGCCGGCGCCCCGGUGUACAGGCAGUUCUGGUUGUUUGACGUGCAAAAUCCAGACGAUGUGUUGAAGAAUGGCAGCAUUCCUCAGCUCCGGGAGAAAGGACCAUACACGUACAGGACGAGGUACAUCCCCAAAGAGAACGUGACGUUCUACCAGAACCACAGUGUGUCCUUCCUGCUGCCGUUAGGAGCUAUCUUUGAGCCGAGCAUGUCUGUAGGAGCAGAGGAGGACAUGGUGACCUCACUGAACAUCGCUGUGGCUGGUGUCUACAGUAUGGUGGGUCACGUGUUGGCUAACAUCAUGAUCCAGGCGUCCAAGUCGUCUCUGUUCCACACCAGAACGGUGAAGGAGCUGUUAUGGGGCUACAAUGACACUAUGAUGAAGACACAACUGGGAGUUUUUUACCCGUAUAACGGAACCUACGAUGGCCCCUACAACGUCUUCACAGGAAAAGAUGACGUCAGCAAAGUUUCCACCAUUGACUCCUGGAACAACAUGCAGACUCUCUCCUACUGGAACAAUAACUACUGUGAUAUGAUCAACGGCACAGACGGCUCGUCGUUCUCUCCAUUCCUGGACAAGAACACGCUGCUGUACUUCUUCUCCUCAGAUAUCUGCAGGUCCGUCUCGGCCGAGUUCGAGGGCAGUGUGGAUCUGAAAGGCAUCACUGUGUAUCGUUACAUGCUGCCGUCCAACACCUUUGCCGCUCCCUCGGACAAUCCAGACAAUCGGUGCUACUGCAUCACUAACGAGACCACCAGGAACUGCACCAUGGCCGGUGUGCUCGACAUCAGAGGGUGUAAAGGUGCUCCUGUGCUCAUUUCUCUCCCUCAUUUCCUCCAUGGCAGUAAAGAGCUGCUGGAACUUGUUGAUGGUUUAAACCCGAACCCUGAGGAACACUCCACCUACCUGGACGUCGAACCGAUGACCGGCUUCACACUGAGGUUCGCCAAGCGCCUUCAGAUCAACAUGAUGUACGGCCCGUCAAAGGACAUCAAGAUCCUUAAUAAAGUGAAGGAGAACACCAUCUUUCCCAUCGUGUGGUUAAAUGAGACGGCGGCGCUCGAUGAUGAAACAGCGGCCAUGAUUAAGGCGGAGCUCUUCUCCCGCAUAGACACCCUGGAGACGGUGCAGAUCGUUCUGAUUUCGGUUGGCGCAGUGAUGCUGGUGCUGAGUGUGAUCGGAGUGUGUGUGGAGAAGCGCAGGAGUCGUUUAUCAUACGUUGGGUGAAGUGUAACGAGUUUACACACCAAUCAUUCUGAUCAGGAAAGAUCAGGAUUGUAGCAAACGCUCCAGCUCAGGAAACUACACAGUGAUGAAGUACGAAACUAAAACGACAAACACAACUACACUAUACAACUACACCACUAUGGGGCGCCAAAGGGGCAGGACAAACUUUAAGGAAAACUUGUACGUUAAUGCCACACACAUUCAAACUUUCUUUCUUUAAACACUUUACAUUUUAACGCUUUUAUUUAAACAUCUAUAAAAUAAAAUGUCAAAAUUUCCCCAGAUUUAGAGAAUCAGCUGCGACACGUUUCAUGUGUGAAGUAUUUCGUUUUGCACAGGAGCUAACAGGCUAACGGCUAACAUAGUUUAAUAGCAGGCAGGUUAGUGUUAAUCAAUCAGAAUCACUUUCUUCCUGAGCACAUAGUAGUGAUUUAGUUGAUAGUAAAACAUUUGAUUUCUGUAUUUAAUUCUGUUCUUUUAUCACUAGACAUUAAUUUAAAUUGUGUUACUGAGACAGACAUCUUCUGAGGCGAGCGCGUGAUGAUUUUAACCCUGCACAAUUAGCAUGAUGCUAAACUGGUGGCUGUGAAUUUUACCUUUCAGCUUCAGUGCAAAAUAAAAGCAGUGAAAUUUUGUAAUCAAUGUUUCCUUUAAUGCUGUAUUUUUAUAGUAUUUUGUUUAUGGCACUCAUUCAGAAUUGUAACGAAUAAAUUCUGUUCAGAACAAAUAUUAUAAAAAUAAGUUUUAUUCCAGUUUGAAUCCAAUAAACGGAAGAAUGUAAAAAAAAAAAAAAGUUUGAUCACCAGUGAGUGUUUGUAUUAAUGCUAAUAAAACACCUCGUAACUA